AUGGCGUCUAAAGUAAUCGUCAUCGGAGGGGUGAACUCUUCCUUUCGAGAGGUGUUUGGCAAGCUCGAGAAGCUACAGGCCAAACAGCAAUUCGCGUGUGCCGUUAUUGCAGGAGACCUCUUUGGAGAAUUAUCUGCUGAAAACUCCAAAGAUGACCUCGAUGCGUUGCUUCGUGGGGCUAUUCAUGUAGCAUUGCCUACCUAUUUUACUGUUGGGAGGAAUGGCAUUCCGGAACAGGUGGCACAGAAAAUAGCGAAGGAGGACGAAGUCUGUCCUAAUCUUUUCUACCUAGGGAGACGAGGAGUACUCACCACAUCGGAGGGAAUUAAGAUUGUUGCUCUUGGUGGUGUUCAUGGGCCUCUCCCUUCAGAUGCUAGCCUGGAUGAGAAAUACCUUCCAUACCAUACAGAGGCCGAUGCGCAGUCUCUAUAUUCAGCAGAAAAGGCUGAUAUUCUCAUAACUUACCAGUGGCCGAAAGGGAUUGAGAAGGGCUCAAGGGUACCCACCGGGGAAGUCACAGUAGAAGGCAGUCAGUGCGUUGCGAAUGUCUGCUUAGCAUUGAAGCCUCGCUAUCAUUUUUCAUCGACGACUGACAUAUUCUACGAACGGGAACCCUUCUUUCAUAUCCCCGAGGAUGAAUACACCGUUGAGAGGCAUAUCACUCGGUUCAUCAAUCUGGCUCCCUUCUCCACCACUUCAAAACAGAAGUGGCUGUACGCUUUUACCCUGGAUCCGAAAAGUGUUCUGCCUACGUCAGUCCCAGUCGGGACGACAAUAUCUCCUCUCACUGCAGUAGCAGGUAGACGUGGGUCGUUACCUAGCCAGAAAGCAUCGUUUUCUCGCUUUAGACAGGAUGAUGGCCAGCAACGCCCUGCUAAGCGCGCAAGAAAAGCUGCACCUGGUCCAUCAGAAUGCUUCUUCUGUCUUUCGAAUCCCAACAUUGCAUCUCAUUUGAUCGCGUCUAUUGGGAAUGACACAUAUAUUACAACUGCUAAAGGUCCACUACCGACUGCAUCUACCUUUUCAGCCCUAGGUUUCCCGGGGCAUAUGCUCAUAAUACCUUUGAUCCAUGCACCAUCCCUCACAUCGAUAGAAGACUCCGAGUCUAGGUCAGCUACCUAUACGGAAAUGCAUGAGUACCGGUCGGCACUUCAUUCGAUGUUACAAAAGAGGGCUGACAUGGGUUUGGGGGCUGUCACUUGGGAAGUGAGCAGGGGCCGUGGUGUGCAUAUUCACUGGCAGUAUAUGCCUGUUGAUGCAAACUUGAUCCGCCGUGGCCUAGUCGAAGCUGCGUUUAAAGUCGAAGCCGAGAAUCUAGAGUACCCAAAGGUUGAGAAACGAGAAUCUAGCAGCGAUGAGCCGGGCGACUAUUUCCGCGUCUGGAUCUGGGCUCCCGAGCAGACAGCAGACGGAGAGGCCACUGGAAGCGAAACAACACUAGUUCUUCCACUAAGCGAUAGAUUACGGUUCGAUGUCCAGUUUGGCCGGACUGUGAUGGCUAAAUUGCUAGGGCUUGAGGACCGGCUGAACUGGCGGGAUGCAGCGCAGUCAGUGGAGGAAGAGAAGAGAGACGUCGAAGCCUUCAAGAGCGCUUUCCAGGGCUUUGAUUUCACCAUCUGA